GCUAGGGGCGGAGGUGCGCGAGGCUGUGGAGAGCGGAGGCUGCGGAUGCCCUCCGACCCCGCGUCCCCGCUGGCCUUAUCUCCAGACCCGCCAGCCCACCGAGAUUAGGAAGUGGCUGCCUGAACUAGUUUCCAAAGGAUAAGCAUUACAAAUCAUUGAAUACGGCAGCUCACCAAGAAGAUCCUAUUGGUUUUGGGGGAACACAACUUCCAGCAGCCACAAGGGAUGCUGCUACUCAGGUGCCAACUGAAACGAGCUCUUCCUCAGAAGGUUUCAUGUAGGUCCUGUUCCAUGAUGGGGAAACUGCAAAGCAAACUCAAAUACAGCACUUAUAAAUACAGCAGGCCCAAUGGAAUCAUAGAAGAGAGAAUUCCAACUAACGCUUUUCAAGAGUAUAGACCAGCUCAUGUGGAUACCGUCUCUGUCGUUGCUGCUUUGAACUCAGACCUUUGUGUCUCUGGAGGAAAAGAUAAGACAGUUGUGGCCUAUAAUUGGAAAACUGGAAAUGUGGUGAAAAGGUUCAAAGGACAUGAACAUGAAAUUACCAAGGUGGCCUGUAUUCCCAAAUCGAACCACUUCUUCAGCGCCUCUCGUGACAGGAUGGUCAUGAUGUGGGACUUGCAUGGUUCUUCACAACCAAGGCAGCAGCUGUCUGGCCAUGCCAUGGUGGUCACCGGAUUGGCUGUGAGUCCAGACUCAUCACAGCUGUGCACUGGCUCUCGGGACAACACCCUGCUGCUGUGGGAUGUGGUGACUGGACAGUGUGUGGAGAAGGCGUCUUUCUCCAGGAACUUGGUCACUCAUCUGUGCUGGGUCCCCAGAGAACCAUAUAUACUACAGACCUCUGAAGAUAAAACCAUCAGAUUAUGGGACAGCCGGGGGCUGCAGGUAGCUCAUAUGUUUCCUGCAAAGCAGCAUAUUCAGACCUACUGCGAAGUCAGCGCGGAUGGACUCAAAUGUAUCUCUUGCAGCAGUGGCUUUGGAGGGGAAGGCUGUGAAGCCACAUUGUGGGACCUGAGGCAGACGAGGAACAGAAUAUGUGAGUAUAAGGGGCAUUUCCAGACUGUUGCGUCCUGUGUCUUUCUACCAAGAGCACUGGCCUUGAUGCCUGUAAUUGCUACCUCAUCACAUGAUUGCAAGGUGAAGAUUUGGAACCAAGAUACUGGAGCUUGCCUUUUCACCUUGUCUCUGGAUGGAUCAGGACCUUUGACUUCCCUGGCUGUUGGCGACACCAUCUCCUUACUGUGUGCAAGCUUCAGGAGAGGCAUUCACUUACUCAGAGUGGACCACAGCCAAGGGCUGGAACUGCAGGAAGUGGCAGCAUUCUGAGGCCAAGAGACAUUCACUGGACAAUAUCAAACCAUGGUCUCUCCUUUCUCAGUGUGGCUGUGUGUCUUUCCACAUUAUCUUGGAGGGAGUGAACAUAGGGCGGGUAUUCUUUGCUUAGGUUCUCUUAUAAGGUAUAUCAGUGUUAGAAGUUAAUUUUAGUCCGAUGGCUCAAAAUCAGGUAAAAAGUUUAGAAACAUGGACUAAACAUAAGGUUCUUAAUCUAAGUUAAAUCCAAAUGCAAUUUUUUUGGUGAGCUUUUGGGACUAGUCUCCAAAAAAAGUUAUUGCUCAAAAUGAUGACCUACAGGUGUACAAGUGGUAGGUCUCUGUCUGUGAGAGUCAGAACACGGGGCUUGAGUCUAUUUAACUAACCUUUCCUAUGUCUCCACAAAAGAAAAAAAGGCAGUGGGUAGAGAAACUCUGUUUUGGUUGCCUCAGAAAUAAUAGAGAUAGGAAAAAAUAGUGGCUUCUACUCAAAGUAGUGGGAGUGGUAAAUCCUGCCUGCUCUUGGUACCUCCCUAGACCAGUGCAGAGGUUGCAUGAAAAUGAGACCUGACAUGGCUUGAAAAGGCUGAUGACUGCAAGGGCAUUGCCCGGAAUUAUAGGAGUUAUCAAACCUGUUCUAUGGAGAAGAAAACAGGGAGGUUCAGAGAUUAAGGCUGAAAAAAUUUCAUAUGCAAUUGUAACAUUUUUAUUUAGUUUUUAAUAAAUUCUUUCUUGGGAAUAGCCAGAGUGAGGCAAAGAGAAUCUCUGAAACAAGAAUAGAACAUAGAGAAAAAAGUGGAGGGAUAGAGUCCACUGUGUCCCAGCCACUGAGUCCCCUUCAAGGAGGAGGGGCAGGUGCUCAGGUCCACCUGUGUGGCCCUCAGGAGUCAGUCCCCAGCCUGAUGCUCACAAGCCCAGUUUCCUAGAGAAAAUGGAGUCCCCCCUGCUUUCAGACAAGCCCACACAUAAGGCAACUGAGGCCUGGAGAUUCCCUUUCUGACAAGACCCAGCCAAAGAAAGAUUUUGCAUUUGUCUUCUCUGGGCUCUGGCUGUCCCUAAUAUCAAUGGCUGAGAGCCAUCUUCUGUGUCUCCCUCCUACUCUGUAGGUCCAGCUCUUCCCCCACACCAUCUCUAGUGACGGGAUGAGAAUCCGUUUCAAGUCUAGUGCAGAGUCAGACCUGUGUUUAAAUCUCCAUUUCUCCACUUAGCAGGAUGAUAUUGGGCAAGUUAUAAAAUCUCAAUUUCCUCACUUAUGAUGCUCACAAUCAUACCUUCCUCACAGGGUGGUUCUGAGGAUGGGACAUAAUUACAUUAAACUCAAGCAAGGCAGUAGAUGCUGGCAAAUGGUAGCCGUAGUUAUUUUUAUUUACUGUCUUUGUCCAGACGAAAUGCUGUCUCCCACACUAAAUGUUAACCAUUCCUUCAUCCGUUCUUCUUACAUCUUAUUUCUAACCCUUUAGUCAUUGUUCAGCUUUCCUUUGAUUCCUUAAGUUACAGAUAUUUGAGCUCUGGAAGGACAAAGGGGUAGUGGUGCAAGAGGAAACUGCUUCAUUGAGCACCUGCGGAGGGCUAAAUACAUUUAUCCUAACUACAAUUCUUAUUAUUCCCAUUUCACAGAUGAGGAAGCUGAGGCCCAGAGACAUGCAGAACUUUGCCCAAAGUUACACACAUAGGUAGGGAAGAGCUGAGAUUUGAACCUGGGUCUGCCUGACUCCAAGUUGGAACACUUUCCUUUGCACCCUUUUGCCUUUGCGUGAUGUCACAAAGCUUUGCUGUUUGUUUAAGAAAUGAAUAGACCAUGGGUUGUUUGUGUAUUUUUAAGACCAGUUAUUAACUUUUUGGCUCCAAGGAGAUACCCUUGACCAGGUGCCUUGGGGCAGUAGACAGGUAUCACAGGGAAAAUCCUAGCUGGAUUAUUAUGCUGCAGUUGAUACUCCCCUAGAAGGAAGCCAGGUAGCAAAUCAGAAAAUCCAAGGGAGUAGGUUGGGAGGGGGCCCCGGAGAAGGGGGACAGGCUGCUGUAAGAGGGAAAGUACACAUGAGAAAAUAGUAGGCCUCUGAUGAGUUAGCAGUUUCCUAUUACCAAUAAAGUUGUUUCCCUAAACUUAA